AUCAUUGUAUAAUUGGCUAACGACAAGCCCUAUGUGCACUCCACGGCAUUGUCUCAAAUCCCACGAGCUGUAACUUCGCCGUGCGUGGAUUUGACGGUGGCAUCUCUGGCCGGCUCCGCCGAGACCUAUCGGCUAUCGCCUGUCAGCUUCCUUUCUCAAUUUUUAUAUUAUUGCUUUAGCUUCCAAAAUCCGAAACCGCCCAUAAUUAUUCAUUUUUUUUAAGAGAAAGAGAUAGAAAGAGAAACCUCUAUUUCAUGUAGUAUACAUUUACCGCACGCUGUGGUCUACGCAUAUAGAGAGACACACAAUUAGAUAGAGAUGGCUAUCCUUUACGCUGUGGUGGCGCGGGGCACGGUGGUGCUGGCGGAGUUUAGCGCGGUGACGGGAAACACAGGGUCUGUGGCCAGACGGAUACUCGAGAAGCUUCCAUCUGAGGCUGAUUCUAGAUUGUGCUUUUCGCAAGGUCGCUACAUAUUUCACAUUCUCAGAUCCGAUGGCCUCACUUUUCUCUGUAUGGCUAACGACAACUUCGGCAGGAGAAUUCCAUUUUCAUACUUGGAGGACAUUCAUAUGAGGUUCAUGAAAAACUAUGGUAGAGUGGCCCACUAUGCACCUGCAUAUGCAAUGAAUGAUGAGUUUUCGAGGGUCUUGCAUCAGCAAAUGGAAUUUUUCUCUAGUAACCCAAGUGCUGAUACUCUCAGUCGUGUAAGGGGUGAAGUUGGUGAGAUCCGUACAAUUAUGGUAGAAAACAUUGAGAAGAUACUCGAGAGAGGUGAUCGCAUUGAGCUUCUUGUUGACAAAACUGCAACAAUGCAAGACAGUGCAUUUCACUUCAGGAAGCAAUCUAAGCGCCUCAGAAGAGCACUUUGGAUGAAAAAUGCCAAGCUCCUGGCCCUGUUGACAUGUGUGAUUGUUCUACUGUUGUACAUAAUAAUUGCUGCUUGUUGUGGAGGCAUCACUCUACCUUCGUGCAGAUCUUGAUUGUCUGUUUCACCGUCAUUGGAUCUUCUGAGGUAUGCUAGUGAAUUGUGAUAUUUACUUGUGGACUGUGUUAAAAGAAAGCUGCAGUGAACUAUGAAAUUUGAAGCUUAUGGGGAAUCUAUACCUCUACAAGGUGUCGGAAAGAUUUUGUAGUUUGUCAUGCUGUUGUUGCAUAUGGUGCAAGUGAUACAUACUUUGAGAAGCCUGGUAGUUCACUUCUAUUGUCAUGAAUCAUCUGUGCAUAUUGUAAAUGCCUGGAAUGCAGUGUUGUGUUAUCUAGUGUAUACUUUAUAACAUCAUGAUAGUCUGUUCAAUUUCUGGAUUUUAUC